CUCGGACUAAACUGUGGGAGUCCAGGGACAUGAAACUCAACCCUCAGCAGGCUCCAUUAUACGGGCGGUGUGUUAUCACGGUGCAGCUCUCUGAUGAGGAGCUGGCUGGGGAUGAGGAGGGUGUGGACUACUUCCUCCUGUUUGCUGGCAGCACACAGAGACACCUGACCAGCACCCUAAGGAGCAGUCAUGACACCCUGCAGGCGCUUUGUCCCGCCCAUGACUGCUGCGAGGUGGUGUUGGUCACCUUGUGCUCAGCCGGCCGUGGUGUCCCAGAGGACCCCGAGGACCCCGACGUCCCAAAGCCCGGUCUGGGUCGCGUGGCCCCGUUGGCCGAGCAUCGGUUCAGCUUUGUCCAGGACUUGGCUUUUGACAUGGCACAGUUCCUGGUGAGCACUGCGGGCCGGGAUGACGGCCUGGACGGCGCGCUGCUGCUGGACGAGUGUCAGAUUCCCCUGCAGGAGUGUGAGCGCCUGGACGAGAGCCUGGCGCUGGCCCUCCACCACCUCGCGCUGCCGCCAGGAUGGAGCUUACUGGGGAACAAACUGACCAACAGCACUGACCUGGACCCUCAGGAGACCCUGCUGCAUUUCUCAGCUCGACGAGGUCUCUAUCGGGUCACGCACUUCCUGCUGCGGCGAUCCGGAGCCAGAGAGGCCCUGCGAUUGGCCAACAGACAAGGCCACACCCCCUCCGACAUCGCGGCUCAGCGUGGAAACGAACGCCUUCUCCAGCUCCUUACAGAGGCUGAGGCGGACUCAGAGGCGGACAAAGGGACCGAGCCGGUUUCCGCGGACGCCCGGGUGUUCUGCCACCUCCCCAGGCUGCGCACACACACUCUGACGCUGAGGACCCGCCCGGGCCGCGACCCCCCGACCCUUCAGAGGAGCGCCGAGCUGCUGCUUCACUUGGUUUGCCAUCUCCAUGCCAAGGGAGUUUCUGAGCUGGAGCUGCAGUUUGAUUCUCUGCACACGGCGGCUGAAUGUUGUGACGGUGUAGAGACAGAGACGACCUGUCCACAGCGGCUCUCCACAACAACAACAACAACAACAACAACAACAACAACAACAACAGAGGGGAAGUGCUCAUUGGAAAGCAGCCGUGUUGACUGUGCACAUGGAGCCUGGAGUUUGUCUUUAAGCAGUCAGGAGGAGUCAGGAGCCGGCCUCGGGGAGUCCGGCCUCGGCCCCCCAGAGGACUGGGUGUGUCUCAGUUCAAACAUUGGGAGAGAUUACUGCAAGAGGAGGCCGAGGAGGGAGCAGCCUGGUGUUUCCUCCCAGAGUGAGAGAGCGUGUGAAGGAGAAGGGAGCGAGGCAGACGGGGAGAGCCUCGCCGUGGGAAUCAAACCGCCGGCGGAGGAAACUGAUAGUGGAGAGGCUGCGAUUGGGGAGGGAGAGGAGGCCACGGGGGGAGAGGAAGUGGAGGACAGCACUGCUGAGAGGAGGGAGGAGGAGGAGGAGGAGACAGAUCCAGUAACGCCCAGUGGAGACACAAAAGAUCCAGUCAUGGGUCAGUCCCCGUCUCAGGAGGACUCAGAAACCUCUGAUUCAGAAAUGAAGGACUGCCGUCAGGAAGGAGAGAACAUCGAGGAGGAAGAGAUGAGACUCAGCCGGGAUCCCUGCGACGGCCUCUUUUUACAGGCGAGGGAGUUUUCAGACCCUCUAUCAACCCCGGGGGACGCCCCCAGCCCGCCGCUGAUAGACGGCGGUGAUGUAAUGGAGGAGCCUGAGUCUGUUGUUCCACCUCUCUUGAUAGAAGGCCUCCACGAGGGGGAACCUCCACCAGACACAAACACCCUGGAACAAAACCAGGAAACAGCUGGUGGGGAUUACUCCUCCUCGGAGCAGCGGAGGGGCUCGGCUCCACAAUCUGCUCGUCAUCCUGGGACAGCGAGCGACGAGGAGCAGGAUGGCGAGGACGUAGCUGAACCUUCUGAAUACAUCAUGGAGAGAAUGAUUCUGCCGAUGUAUGAACCGUACAACACGGCCGAGUGUGAGGUCGCCGACGUCUCCAUGGAGGGAACGCGCACAGAUCCGUCACCUGAGCCGUCCCCUGAAGCGGUCCCCCCCAGCUCAGGACUCUGUGAUCUGACACAGUCCGUCUCUAGUGAUGACGACGGCAGCUUCCAAUCGGUCGCGAGCUCCACAACUGAAAUAUUCCACCCCACUCAGGACGGCGCCGGAGCGGAGGACGAGGACUCGACUGCAUCCAGGAUCAUGGACGAGCCGGACGAUUCAGAACCUUUGGAAAGCAACGAUCGCUCAGCGGCUGAGGCGGCCUGCAGCCAGACCGGCACUGAGCCUGGAUCACCCGGUCCCCAAACAACGGGGGCUUUGUCUCCUGAGGGGACAGCAGACGACGAGUCCGCCCCAGAACUCUCCAAAGAGGAUCAUCUGGGUGAAGGGUCGGCAGAGAGCGGGGACAAUCCAGCAGCUGAUGAGAGUGAACCUGCAGAGGCCGGCGACUCUGAUCUGAACGCAGCGUUAGAGGAUGUGACAUCAGAGGUCAAAGGUCCAUGUGGUGGAGAGGAAGGGGUUAAAUCUACGUCAGCGCCUUUUGAAAACAGCGGAGACGAGCAGCUAGUGCUUCAGCGACCCGAACAGGAGGAUUCACCUGAGAUCAGUACGUCACAAGAUGUCACUUUAACGUCAGACGGUGCAGAUGUUGAAGCAUCGAGUGAACCUCACGCUGAGAACGAGUCGACCGAUAACACCGAGAUGCACGGCGAGGUGGGCGGAGCCUCGCCGAACCACAGCUGCACGAGUCAAGAGGCGAUCGUGUGCGAACAGACGGCGGCAGACGAUGAAAGCGUUCCAGUCGAGGAAACAGACGCAGUAACCACGAUCCAACGAGACAGAGAGGCGUCGUUUCAUCAGCCCUGCAGCGCUCUCCACUCAGGAUCCUCACAGUCCUCAGAGUCUCCCAGCACGCCCAGCAGAACCAGCAGGGCCCCCAGUUGUCCGUCCACAGCUCACAGAGACUCUGGCAGCGACAUCGAAAGCUUCCUGAACGCUGAGACGGGAUACGACAGCGUCUUCAGAAAGAACGACGAAGCAGUGACAGGAGGAGACAGCACCAGCGAGGUCUCCGUCUCCUGUUCCUCCACCGACGACACCGCCAGCGUAGGUCCGUCCAGCUCCAGUCCCGAGGGCAGCCAGGGUCUGGAAUGCAGCUGGAGCCCGGAGGAGGGCGUCCGGACCGGGGCUACUGUCACUGCAGGACUGGACAGCGGCGGCGGUGGAGCGGGAGACGCUGAAGAAGAGGCCAAAGACAGAGUGAGCGAGGUGCCACGGCGCUCCUGCCUCCUCAGGAACAGCAUCCGGUCCAUCUCCCCUCUGCGGCGCCACAGCUGGGGUCCGGGAAAGAACAACGGAGGAGACGCAGAGAUGAACCAGAGGAGCUCCGUCUGUAGCCAUGGUGAAGGGAAGCUGACCUUUCACAGGAGAAGCUACAGCCUGGAGGGUCUCAGCGGGGGCCAGGAGGAGCUGAGGGGCCCCGCCACCCGGGUCCCUCGGAUCCUGGAGCCCUUCAGGAUGCCCCGGCACGACAGCGACGACAGGGGCUCUUUGGUGUCUCUGACAGAGGAGCAGGAGGAGCUGGGGGAGCACAUGAGACUACACGACCCGAAAACGAGGCGCUAUCGGCCUCUGCGGAACAGCUGUCCUCCCAUGUCCCUGCCCCUCACCAAGUCUGUGUCCAUGCUCGCCAUCAGCCAGAGAGACACUGAUGGUAUGAGGUCGUUUUCAAGUGCCUCUGGAUCUCUGGCAUACAGCAUAUCAGAGGAGGAACCUGGCCCCCUGCGAAGCGACACUGAGGGGAAGAACGUGACAAAAGUCAGCCGGACCUUCAGCUACCUCAAGAAUAAGAUGUACAAAAAGACCAGGGAAAAGGAGCGCGACAAGAGGGAGAAAGAGAAAGAGGGCAAGGAGAAAGACAAGAAGGCGACUAAUGGUCAUCUUUUCACAGCAGUCAUCUUGGGCCCCUCCGCCCAGUGCUCCCAGUGCAGUAAAGCCUUCAACAGCAAGGGGGGAUUCCACUGUACAAACUGUAAUGUUUCCGUCCACAAGAGCUGCAGGGACGGCCUGCCCGUUUGUGCCAAGGUGAAGAUGAAGCUGCCCAAACAGCAGUCUGCAGUUCCAGACUCGGGCUCGUUUCCUACAGUCACCAUGAGGAACAAAACUGGAGGGACGAGGGAGCGUCCCUGGUCGGCCAUCUUGUCCCCUGAAGACCACUCCUCUCUGAUGAUCCCGUCGUCACGGAGACACACCAGCAUCAUGAACUUCCAUGGCAACAACCUCUCCAAGAGUCUCUCCAUCAGCAACAUCGCCGGCCCGGUGUUUGAUGACAUGCCCAUCAAAGGUCUGCGGUAUCUCUCUCAGUCGACCGACUCUCUGAACAGAAACAACCAGGUCACCGAGUCCAUGGAGUCACUCACCGACGAAGGGACGGAGAUGAUGGACGGGCAGCUGAUGGGCGAGUUCGAGGCCAACGCCAAGGAGCUGGAGUCGGACUCGUGGAGUUUUGGAGCAGAGCCUCAGUACCUGCAGCAGCUGGACAAAGAGUUGGUGAAGAGACAAGACGUCAUAUACGAGCUGAUGCAGACGGAGAUGCAUCACAUCCGGACGCUGCGCAUCAUGUCGGAGGUCUACAGCAAGGGCCUGCAGAAGGAGGUGCAGCUGGACCUGCAGACGCUGGAGAGGCUGUUCCCCGUUCUGGAUGAGCUCCUGGACUUCCACACGCAGCACCUCCUGCGCCUCCUGGACAGGAAGAGGGAGAGCCAGCUGGAGGCGGGGAGCUCUGAGGGGGGCUUCGUCAUCAACAGGAUAGGAGACAUCCUCGUGAACCAGUUCUCAGGAUCCCACGGCGAGAACAUGAAGAGGGUUUACGGCCGAUUCUGCAGCCGGCACAACGAGGCGGUGAACCUCUACAAGGACCUGCUGACCAAAGACAAACGCUUCAAGGCCUUCAUCAAAAAAAAGAUGAGUAGCAGCAUCGUGCGGCGGCUCGGUAUCCCAGAAUGCAUCUUGCUGGUGACCCAGAGGAUAACGAAGUACCCGGUUCUGAUUCAGAGAAUGCUGCAGCACACGAAAGAGAGCGAGGAAGACUUCGACGACCUGACGGACGCUGUGCGGCUGGUGAAGGAGGUGAUCGCGUCGGUCGACAGCAAAGUGAACGAGCACGACAAGAGGAAGCGUCUGAAGGAGUUUCACGUCCGCACGGACAGCAAGUCCAUCAUGAUGAUGAAGAGCGGUCAGAUGUUCGCCCGGGAGGAUCUUCUGAGGAGGAGGCUGAUCCACGAUGGCGUGCUGCAGCUGAAGAACAGCCAGGGGAGACUGAAAGAUGUCCACGCUCUGCUCCUGUCAGACAGCUUCGUCUUCCUUCAAGAAAAAGACCAGAAAUACGUCUUCGCUAUGCUGGACCAGCGCUCCACCGUCAUCUCCCUCCAGAAGCUCAUCGUGAGGGAGGUGGCCAACGAGGAGCGCGGCCUCUUCCUCAUCACGGCGGGGAUCGAGAAGCCCGAGAUGAUGGAGGUCCUGGCCAGCUCCAAGGACGAACGCAACACCUGGAUGCAGCUGAUCCAGGACGCCAUGCAGUCCAUGGAUAAAGACGAGGAUGAAGGGAUCCCCAGUGAGACGGAAGAUGACAAAAGACAGCUGGAGAGUAAAGCCAAGGAGAUGAGAGAUCUGUUGAGGCAGAAGGACACAGAGAUCAUGUCUCUGCUGGAGGAGAAGGUGCGGCUCUUCAGGGGGAUGUGGGAGGGACUGAACCAGGGCGAGGAGGUCCCCCAGCAGGUGGAGCCUUUCUUCAGGUCGUCCAGCAGCCAGGAGCUGCCCAGGGGGGCGUCGGUCAUGAAGGACGCCCUGCAGGAAGUGGAGACGUUGCAGGCUCUGGUGAACGGCAGUCUGGGCGGAGCGAUGGCCAGUGUCCAGGAAGUAGCGAGCACGGGGCCGGUGUGUCUGCCGCGUCGGGCCGAGACCUUCGGAGGCUUCGACAGUCACCAGAUGCACAGCAGUAAGACCGGAGACAGAGAUGAGAGCGAGGACACGGCGGGAGAUCUGCGCAGGACGGAGUCCGACAGCGUUUUAAAGAAGGGAGGAAACGCCAACCUGCUGCAGCUGCUCAAGAGGAACAGUGAGCAGGUCCUCCACAGCGUCUCCAACCUGCACCUCCUGCUCAGCACUCUGCAGGCGGUGGUGGUCCAGCAGGACAGCUUCAUAGAAGACCAGCGGCAGGCCCUGAGCGAGCGCCCCUCCUCCUGCUCGUCUUUAUCACGGCCGUCGUCUCGGCCCGGCUCGCUGAUCGAACAGGAGAAGCAGCGCAGCCUGGAGAAGCAGCGGCAGGAGCUGGCCUCCCUGCAGAGGCAGCAGGCGGCUCAUGCUGAGGAGAAGAGGAGGAGGGAGAGGGAGUGGGAGCACAGGGAGCAGCAGCUGAUGGAGAGGGAGGUGCUGGUGCACACACAGGAGGAGGAGGUCUGCAAGCAGCACAAGGAGCUGGAGGAGGCCAAGCUGGAGCUGCAGAGUAAGAAGGACGAGUACCAGAGGGACCUGGAGCGGCUGAGGGACGCCCAGAGGAAGCUGGAGCGCGACAAGGAGGCUCUGCAGCGACACUUCGACAAGAUGGACGAGAAUCCCUCCACCACUCUGGAUGACCUCCAGUUCCCCGCCGGUUCCCAGUCUCCGGAGCCGGAUCCACCGGAGCUCUCCUCCUCAUCCUCGUCCUCCCUGCCGAGGCUGCAGCCCCAGAAGUCCAAGCCUAAAGGGAAAGGUCUCAAUCCGUUUACCUCCAGCAACACCAACCUCAAGGGCAGUGAAGGCGGCAACAACCAGCUCUCAAAGAGUCUGCUGCAGCUGGCCAAGAACAAGAGCAAAGAGGGGAAAGAGAAGAAGAAGAAGAAGGGCAAAGGAGGAGGAGGCGGCGUGCAGACAGCAGACCCCCAGCACCUCCCAGAGCCCCCUCUGGACGGAGAAAUCUUCUUCUGCUGAGAGAACUGGUUCUCCUCCUGGUCCUGGUCCUCCUUAUCAACCCAUCACAGCCACCCAGAGGACGAGUCUCUGCCCAGUAGCAAUCCUCGACAGUGACUGAAACAGACUUUUUUUGCACCUUGGAAGGAAGUUUAAAUUCCACAACAUCACAUGCAAUCAAACAGACGAUGUGUUAUUAACACCACUGCUGGUACCUUUAAGAAGGUACGAUAUGUAAAGGAAGUACGAGUUCACAGGCGGAACAUUUAUCACUUAUUCUGUCUCCAAAAAAUCCUGUUUUCCUUCUCCAAGACGCCGCGCUUUCAAGACGGAGGAUUCAUCUCUUCAUUUUGUACAAUCAUAAAUUUGUGAUAGAGGAUCAUAUUGAAAAGCAUUUCACAGAAGAUUGCCUCGCAGGCUCUGCCAAGUGUGUCAGCGGCUCCACUGCCUCUGAGCCUCUGUGUUUGUUCAGAGGCCGUCCUGGCAUCGAGUCCUCUGAAACGUGACUGAACCCCCUGGAACAAGGACACACCCAACAGAUAUGAAUGUUAACGAGCUCCACAUGGUGCUGGAAACUCUUCUUCCUGAACGUCUUCAUCGACGACCACUAGCCGGCUGAAGGCAGCGAGGGGAAAGUAGUGAAGGAGGGAUGAAGCGAGGUGUUUUCAGUGUUGUCUGCGGCGCUCCUCUCUGAUAAACGAUCCUGUAUUAAUCCACUCAGAAGGGGCGUCGCUGCCUUUACUCACCGUUCAAAAAAGAAGACACUAGUAGGUCCACUAAUCUGCAGCUUUGAAAACAAACAGAAGUGGUGCAUUAACCUGUUGGUAAGACUUGUGUAAAUCAGUGAACUUCUUGUGAUGACAGAUACAACAGAAAACUAAGUACUCGGUCUUUUUCGAUUCUCUGAUUUUUUUAAAUUUUCAAAAUCCAAAACAAAAAAUGCCAACCAGAAUUUAAAUUUUUUUAGUCACUUCAAAUCCAUUAUUACCCCUUUAAUAAGAAUAUUAAUAUCAUAUUUAUAUGAUGCAUAAACAUCUGUCCUGUGCAGAUGUGUCGGGUGGAGACGUACCUCUUACUUCACAUCCUUCAGUUUGUUUCCUGGAGCCUCGGGUGGAUCUGAACUUGAUCCUCUGCUUAAUCCGCCCGUCAACACGGCCCUCAUCGCCUGCGGGGCUUCCCCAUCCUCUUUUUUUAAUUGCAUGUACCUCUGCAGGUAGCAUGCUGAUGUGUCUGUGAGAGACGCACCCGGCUGAUGGUUUGAGGAAUCGGAGGUUGUUUUAGACGUUUAGAGAGAGAGAGAGAGAGGACGUUGACGUCAUGUUUGCCUGUUUUGGACUCUGAACGACGGGAGCGUCUCAGCAGGUGUCGCCCGAGUCUCUGAUUGUUUCCAAUCAAUCAACACUCGUCUGUGUUGUUAAGCACUUUGGUCCUAAUGUGUCGAUGCUUUUCGUUUCUCAUCAGUGUGAGAUGUCAAUCAGGCAGAUCUGUGUGGACUCUUUUUUUUAAAUCGAGGGCGCAGACGCUCAUGAAAGCAGCGACGAUCCAAAGCGAGUAAAAUGAUUCAAACUAAACGGCUGCAGCUCCGUUUAGUUUUUGACGCCCAUGUUUUAGCCACAUCGUGCUCACGUUCAGGGCCACACACACACUCUACCUGCUGGACAGGUAGGAAGUCAAAGGAGGGCGAGUUCAAAAGAGCCGUUCUUCAGUGAAUCAGCGCCACAGAACUCCUUUGUCUCGUCUUGAAGUGACCCGGCGUCUCGUCUGGCUUCAUGUCUGUGCUGGUUUAUUACUGUGUGUCUUCUAAGAGGCUUACAGAGGCCAGCCAAUUAGUUGCUUCAUGUCUUUUUGUUUAUGGCUUUACGGUUAAUCCUGUUGAAGAAACAGAGGGAUGUUUCUGCCCCUCGCUUUAGGUGUGUUUGACCACUAGGGGGCGCUGCACCUACGACUGAAUCACCUCCCUGUCUCACACAACAGACAGAAAUAUGAAAGUAUUUUUUAAUUCUUGUAUUGUGAGAAGUGGAGACGCUGUCCUCGGCAGGUCAGAGAUAAAGUGAGGAGCGUGGGCUCUCACACUCGCUGACAUUUGUAAUCGACUGCAGAAAACAAAGAAGUUGUCAGAGGUUGUAAUCGGUUAUUCAGUGAAACCACAGCAGACGCUUUGAUAUGAAAACACACACACACACACACACACACACACACACACACACACACACACACACACACACACACACACACACACACACACACACACACACACACACACACACACACACGGGUGUUGUAUUUGGAGGGAGCGCUCUCUCUCUCUCCAUCUCUGUGUACGGGACAAUCAGCAGACGCGAUGAGGAAAAUGAACUCUCUCCCCGAUGAUGAUGAUGAUGAUGAUGAUGAUGAUGAUGGGCCCGUCGGUGAGGCGAGCGUGUCCGUCAGGUGAACCCUGCGUAGCCUUAAAUCUUAACGAUGAAAAUGCACUCGAGUAGAACCCAAACAUCUUCUCAGGAGAGAGAGGAGAGCUUUUUGUACCCUCCGCUCCGACAUGUAGGAAAUGUCUGUACUAUAAAAAAAACGCUUCAUCCCCGACUAUGUAAAAAAAAAAAGGGCAAAGACUUAAUGUGUAAAUAUGAUUUAUGUAUAAAACAAAUCACAUGUAAAAAAAAAAAUCUGUUUUGUUGAUUUAUUGCAACAUUUUAUAAGAAUGUUUUAUUUAUGUUUUAUUCUCACCGCUGAGGUGAUGUGAAGUCAUAUUUCUCUCGUAAUAAAAAAAAUCAUUAUGGACAUAACGAG